UUCAUCUCGCAAAAAAUCUAAUAAUAUCGAAAACAGAAACAGAAAUUGAAAUCCGAAGUACUCUUAUCAUUUACCAGAGGCAAGCGAGAUGGGAACCCUCUUCACCACUGGCAGUUGCUUCUUCAGAAAUCCUCGACUCCACCAAAUCCAAGUAAAGGGAUUCGUCCCAGACAAUUUAUUAGAGAAAGUUGGAGUUAGUGGAAAGGAAGCAACUGGCUUUAGUUUCAUCAACGUUCGAGCAGACGAGAAGGCUUUUGGGUUUGUGGGCAGAAGAACUGCGUUGUUUUCCGGCUUGUGUUUGGUUUCUGGGGCAGUUUUGGGGGUUUCAGGAGAUGGAUUUGCGGUGAAGCAGGGCCUAUUAGCUGGGAGGAUUCCUGGUUUAUCAGAUCCAGAUGAGAGAGGUUGGAGGACAUACAGGAGACCAGAUGACAAGUCUGGAGGGCAUGGAGUGGGGUGGAGUCCCAUUAUCCCAUACUUAUUCAAAGUUCCAGAUGGAUGGGAAGAGGUUCCAGUCUCCAUUGCAGAUCUUGGGGGCACUGAGAUCGACUUGCGGUUUUCAAACUCUCAAGAAGGGCGUUUGUUUGUUAUUGUAGCUCCUGUACUACGAUUUGCAGAUCUCAAAGGAGAUGCAACCAUUGAGAAGAUAGGACCACCUGAGAAGGUUAUUUAUGCUUUUGGACCCGAAAUUAUUGGAGAAAAUGUGGAAGGAAAAGUAUUAAACACACAAGUAGACGAGCAUUCAGGAAGAACAUAUUACCAGUUUGAACUGGAGCCACCACAUGUCCUUAUAUCUGCCACUGCUGCUGGGAACCGUCUCUACUUGUUCAGUGUUACUGCAAGUGGCUUACAGUGGAAGAGGCAUUAUAAGGAUCUAAAACAAAUAGCAGACUCCUUCAGGGUCCUCUGACAGAAGAGCCGUGAGUUUUUUGCUGUAUGUUAUUACUGUACUAAUGGUAAAUAACAGAGAUGUAGUUUGCAUAGUGUUCAGUGCGGAAUUGUUUAACUGGUGAAUUUAAUAUAAAUGAGAUUUCUGAUGAUUUAUCUUUUACGAACUGCAAAUACUGCUGUGAUGAGCGGAUUUUUUUGAGG